UCCAAGGUUUGGGUUGAAAACGGACUUAAAAAAGAAAAUGGAGGUAUCUGGAAAGGUAACUUCGACAUCAAAGACGAACUUUAACCUCUACUGUAUUACGUGUGAUACAGAUGGAUUAAAGGAGCCAGCUUACGGAUUUUGUCAAGACUGCCAAGAACAUCUUUGCAAAAGUUGUUUUCAACAUCAUAGAAGGUCAAGGCUAUCUAGAAACCACGUACUGCUUGAUAAAGACGCUAUGCCAACACAACAAACGACCGUUGACGACGUAAAUGCAGACGUCAUUACGGACAACUGUACCAACCAUAAAGAUAAACCACUGGAGUUCUAUUGUAACAAUCACGACACUGUGGCAUGUUAUGUCUGUGUUACACUUGAACACAAACAAUGUAAAGUUGACUAUAUUCCUGAUGUUUCAGGUAACGUAUCUGGCGAGUUGAUAGAUUUGAACAAAAAGAUGAAAGAUUUAGUCAAGAAAUGUGAAAAUAACAUUAUGAAGGCUUCAGCUGCUAAAAAGCAACUAGAACAAAAAGGUGUGAAAGUUGUUGAAGACAUACGGCUCUUGAGAAAGGAAAUAAACGACCGGUUAGAUGAGAUGGAAUCUAUGAUGAUAAAAGAAGCUGAAGCUGUUGUUAACACAGCAAACUACAAACUCGAGAAUGUCAAUUUUGCUUGCACAAAAAUAAACGAGGAAGUGAAACUUUCACAGUCAAUUCUUAAUGCCCUGACGGAAGAAAAAAAGCAGAAUCAGCUUUUUAUUUUAAUGAAGAACGUCACACCACGUAUGAUGACACUGGAAAGUGAAGAAAUGCAGAUUGUCAAAGAUAAUAUGACAUAUGACGACAUUCAAUUUGACCGAAACGAAAAGCUACUUGAUCAGCUGAAAAAUGAGAAAAACUUUGGAAAAAUUUCAACAUACCGAAAACCAUCAGAAGAUACUGAAAUAUGUGCGAAUUAUGAAAGAUCGCACAACGUGACUUUUCCUUCUGAUGAAAAAAGAAGCAAUAUCAGUGGGAUGGUAAUGGUUUCUGCCACACAAAUGGUCAUCGCUGAUUCCGGUAAUAAAAAAAUUAAAACGAUAGAUGUUAUCACAGGAUCGUUGUUGUCAGAGAAGAUGUUGUUUUCAGCACCAUACGAUGUUAUAAAAAUCCCACAAAAUAAGCUUGCUGUUGCAUUAUAUCCUGAAAAAUGUAUCCAGAUAAUGUCUUAUACUGAUACAAGUUUAUCUUUAGAUCGUCGAAUUAGUGUCGGUGAAAAUGGUUUAUGUGUAGCUUAUUGUCAAGACAAGCUAGUAGUGGGCUGUAAUAAGAAUCAAGGGAAGCUGGUUAUUCUGGAUUUAGAUGGAAAUAUGAUGCAAGUGUUUGAUGCUCCUGGAUUGUUUUGUGGACCUGAAAAGAUUGUUAUCAGCAGUGAUGAGAAGUUCAUGUAUGUGUCUGAUUUCUUCCCUUUCAAAGAUAGCAAGUGUAUAAAGAUAGACUGGCAAGGUAAUGUUGUACAAAGAUUCAAGGAUCAAGGAUAUAGAGGUCCUCAAGGAAUACAGGAGUUGUCAGAUGGUACGUUGUUAGUUUGCUUCAAUGGCAGUGAAAAAAUUGUUAGACUGUCGAGCAGCUUCAAGAUAUGUGAGAUUACCGGAUUAGAGAAAAUAAACCUUUGUUCUCCACAGGCUGUAACAUACAGUAAAAGGAAUAACAAACUAUAUGUUAGUUGUUCUUCAACGCACGGACUUUAUUCAAAUGAUACAAUAAAAGUAUUUAAUGUGGGAUGGAUUGAUAGUAGGUUUUGAAUGUGAAUAUAUCCUGCAAGAUGAUACAUUGAAUGACAGAUUAAAUCAAUAUUGGGAGUAUACUAAAUUCAAAAACACAUCUUCUAUUCAAAGUUAAAAAAAACUCUAGAAAAUGUAUGAUGAAUGUAGAUUAUCAGUUUUAAAUCCGAAUAAUUAUUAAAUAAAGAUCAUCAUUUAUAUACUAUGUUGAAGAGCAACCUAUUAA